GAAAGAUGGGAUCAUAUAAGCUUGAGUUUUUAGCUCUUCUUUGUCUCAUUGGCUUAUUACCCAGCUUCUUUCAUGUCUCCCAAGCCCAAAACUCUCAAGAUGACUACGUAUCAGCCCACAAUGCCGCCCGUUCAGAGGUUGGUGUUGGAUCAAUGACAUGGGACGACACAGUAGCUGCUUAUGCUCAAAACUACGCCAACCAGAGAGCCGGAGAUUGCAAUCUCGUGCACUACGGCGGACAGUACGGUGAGAACAUUGCUUGGAGUUCCGGUGAUAUGUCAGCCACAGACGCUGUCAAGCUGUGGGUGGACGAAAAAGCGCACUAUGAUUACAAUUCCAAUUCUUGUGUCGAGGGACAACAGUGCGGUCACUAUACCCAGGUGGUUUGGAAGAACUCGGUUAGGCUUGGUUGUGGUAGAGUUACGUGCAACAGUGGAGGGACCUUCAUCACUUGCAACUAUGAUCCUCCAGGCAACUAUGUAGGGCAACGUCCUUAUUGAUAAGGAGUUUAAUUUCCUGUUUGUUAUUCAGGAAAUC